AUGUCCUUGAAAGGUUUGCAGACUGCGACUUUCAGCAAGCUUCUGGAAUUGGUGCAAGAGGAGGAGGAACAGUUAAUGGAAGAGAAGAGAAAGAGGAAAGACGACAAGAGAAAGAAAGGAGCUGCUCAGAAGAAGGCCACUGAACAAAAAAACAAAGUCACCGGCAGUAUUAGUGGCAACAAUAAUGCCAAACGGGCUGUGGGCAACAAUCCGCAAGCGCAGCAGCCGUCUUCACCACGCUACCCACCUCGAGAAGUGCCGCCACGGUUCCGGCACCAGGAGCAGAAGCAACUCUUGAAGCGAGGACAGCCACUGCCGGGGAUUGCUGCCAACCUGAGGGCGCCAUCUAAAUUGCUGAACAGCCAGGCGGGCGAGAGCACCGGGACCCGUGAGCAGCCGGUCUCUGACAGCCAAGGACACAGCAGCAGCCAGAAGCAGCCAGAUCUGAACCACAGCACACUUGGAUCCCAUUAUGAGAAUGCUCACUGGGAAAGGAUCUUUUCCAGUAGUGAAUCCAGCACAAACUGGGAUAAAACUGUUGUAGACGGUUCAGAGAAGGAGGCAUGGCCCUCGACCACCGGCAGUGACUUGCAGCUGGCUUCAGAAUGUAUGGACGCUGAUUCUGCCCUGAGUUCCGGGUCAGAGAGGAACAUUAUUAUGGCCUCACGGGGCCCAAGCAGUGAACUUGUCAGCAGUAGCAACAGCAAUAAUGUGAGCAGCGGAAGCAUUAGUGAGUCAUGGGGUGUGUCUCUGGGUGCCUUGAUGAGCCCCUGUCCCCUUUCAGCAGAUGCUUCCAAUGUCAUCCCUGAAAGUAGCAACAAUAGAGUGAAUGCUUGGGGCACCCCCAGUUCAGCCAAUGAAGAAUUAAAUUCCAGCACUUUGACGUCCAAUGGCCACGCCUGGCCAGUCUUGGAGAGCAGCGGGCAUGCCCUCAAAGGGUCCCGAGGAAGCGGUGGCUGCGGCACAGGUGCCGUUCAGAUGGUGAACAAUCAGAGUGUGAACUCUAGCCUUGCCAGCUCCUGGGGCAGCCUCCAGGAAAACUGUGAUUCCCAACUCAAUGGUACAAGGAAACUUUCACGUAGUGGGCAGCCUCAGAACCCGAACCACGAAGUGAAUGGACCAAAUAAGAACACUACUAACUUUAUGACCUCUAGUUUACCAAACCCAGCUGGUUCAAUGCAGACGACUGAACUGGUUAGUAAUGCAGGGCCCGGGACCUGGGGCCGGAGCGCCAAAAGCAAUCGGCCUCAGCCUCCAGCCUCCCCAGUAACAAACGGCACUUCCAUUUCGCACCUGAGCAAUGGUGACACAAAAAAUGGUGGGACUCCUGGUACUAGAUGGGGUGCCUAUGGCCCUGGUUACUCCAUAGAGACCCGUUCUGACUCAAAUAGCCAAGCUAACAAUGACACUGUGAAUGCAACGCCAAUGCAGCCUGGGCUGAGUAGGACCAGCAGCUCAACCAUGGAAAUAAAAGAGGAUCAGCAGACAGGGACGUGGGAGGUGGCAGGCAUGGGCAAUAGCCAGAAUGGGGCCUGGGGGCCCAGAAGUGGAAUGGGCCACGGAGGAGCCCGGAGAGGCUCUGCCCAGAAUGCCAACUUAGGAGAUGGUGAAUGGAACAAGCUCCCGAGCAGCCAUUCCUCUGAAGCCAACAGUGGGAAUGGGAAGAUGUUUACCAAUGAAUGGAAAUCUGCCAAGGAGGAGAAGGUGGGUGUGGACCCCCAGUGCUGUGCAGCUCCCCAGGCGCUGGAGCAGAAUGGUGGGUGGUCCAAGGCUGGUUCUGGAGACAGUGACGGCAAUCUCGAGGUCCCCGAGGAGCACUCCUCCACAGAAGGGGCAAGCCAUGAAAGAAGGAAAAUUGACCAGCAAACACUGCUUCAAAGCAUAGUGAACAGAACAGAUCUGGACCCACGUGUCCUUUCCAAUUCUGGUUGGGGGCAAACCCCAAUAAAACAAAACACAGCCUGGGAUACAGAGGUGACGCCAAAGGGCGAAAAGAAAGCUGACAAUGGAACAGAAGCCUGGGGGGGUUGUGUGGCCCAAGCCUGCAGUUCAGGGGGAGCUCCGGAGAGGCCCCACCUCCAUGGGCCCAGUCCUUCCCCUGGGACAAGCUGGGGUGAGUCUAAGUCUGCAAGCAGGUGGGGAGACUCCAGAGGCCCCAGCAGCCAAGGAGGUUGGGAAGAGGGCGCAGCGCCCACCGUGGCCAAGAACAGCCAGUCGUGGAUGACGGGCCAAGAGGUCCGGGCUCCAUCACUGACCUGGAACGACACAGAGAAGCUCAAGCAGGGAUGGGGAGAAGGGCCCAAAGCCAACCCUGGAUGGGCUGGCGACGGCUGGGGGGAGAACAUGAGGAACAAUCAUUGGGGCGAGUUGAAGAAGUCCAGUUCUGGCAGUAGCGACAGCGACAGGUCCACCUCCUGCUGGAAAGAGCCUGCUAGAUCGAACUCUGGGCGCUGGGGUGGGGGGAAUGGCGGCAGCACCAAGCCAGGCAGCGCUUCAGGGUGGGAGGAGACCGCCAAGCCAAAUCCAAGCCCCGUGUGGGCGGAAUCCCCCAAGCCAAAUCGCUCCCAGAGCUGGGGGGAGCCUUCCAAGCCCUCAGGGUCCCCAGACUGGAGCAAGCAGCAGGAGGCUGCGUGCUGGGGGGGCCCAUCUGUGGCGGCGGCUGCAAGCAAACCGUCAGGUAUGGGAUGGCUGGGGAGACCCAUGCCGGCCCCAGUCAAAGAAGAAGAGCCCACCGGGUGGGAGGAGCCCUCCCCAGAGUCCAUUCGUCGUAAAAUUGAGAUUGACGACGGAACCUCUGCCUGGGGCGACCCGAGCAAAUACAACUACAAAAACGUGAACAUGUGGAACAAGAACACCCCGAAUCCCGUGGGCCGACCGGACGUGCAAGCGCACCAGCCACGGUUGCCCUCAGCUUCCGCAGCCGGCACGGAGAGCGGGGGCGGCAGUAGCUCCGGUUGGGGAGAACCUCCUCCUGCACCUGUUACAGUAGAUAAUGGCACAUCAGCAUGGGGCAAACCUGUGGACACUGGUCCAAGUUGGGGAGAGCCUGUCGGUGACGCCACCGGUGCCAGCAGCUGGGGAAAUGCUUCUGGCGGGCAGCAGGCAUCUAAUAAAGCAGGACCUAAGUCUAUGCAAGUUCCCGAUGGCUGGUGUGGGGGUGAUAUGCCUUUGACAGGGAAUCAUCCAGCCAGCUGGGAGGAAGAGGAGGAUGUGGAGAUAGGCGUGUGGAACAGCAACUCUGUUCAAGAUGCUGGUGCACCUUUGCACUGGCCCCCGUGCUCAAAAAAGAUGCCUUCAAAGGGAACAAUGAAAAGUGGAAAUAAGCAAGAUGAAAUGUGGAUAAAUCCCUUUGUGAAGCAGUUUGCCAAUCUUGGGUUCCCUAGAGACUUGCCAGAAGAAAUGAUGCAGAGCAAUAAGAUGGAGCUAUCUGGAGGAAUCUUGCCUGACAAGCGGAUGGAGCUGGAGAAGCAUAACCUGAAUGUUGGUGAAGGCAGCCGGGCGAUUGGGAAAAGUCCUGGCUCCCGUCCCCACAUUGCCAAAGAGUCUUCCAUGGACAGAAGUCCUUAUUUUGAUAAGGAUGGCCUGGUAGCCGACGAUUCCCCAAACAUGCAGUUCAUGCCCAGUCAGAAUGGGAAGUUUCCCCCUUCCAACAGUGCACUACCUAACCACGUCCUCAGCUCCCUGACGGGGCUGAGCGUGCAAAGCUUGAAUUCUGUUAGACAGAACGGCAAUCCCAGCCCCUUUGGAAAUCUCACAGCACAAGCCCGGACGAUGCAGCCAUCUCCAGCACAGCCUCCUCUUCACUCCUCUCAGUCCAACCCCCGCGCUCAAGUGCCUCCUCCAUUACUCUCCCCUCAGGUUCCAGUAUCAUUGCUGAAGUAUGCACCAAACACCGGGGGCCUCAGCUCACUCUUUGGCCCACAACAAGUAGCCAUGUUGAACCAACUCUCCCAGUUGAACCAACUCUCCCAGUUACAGCGAUUGCUGGCCCAGCAGAGGAAAGUGCAGGGCCAGAGGAACACGCCUGCAAAUGGCCGCCAGGAGCAGCAGCAGCAACAGAAUCGCCCUCUUAAUAUGCAGCAACAAAUGAUGCCACCAUCUUGUCAGCUCGAUCCAAGUCUGCUGAUGAAGCAGCAGGUGCCUCCAUCACAACAGCAGUUCCAUCAGACAGCCAUAAAAUCUUUCCUGGAGAAUGUUGUUCCGCACGCUAACCAAGAGUUGCAGAAAGGGCCAUCUCAAAUCAACGCAUUCAGCAACUUUCCUAUAGGAAUGAACGCAAACUUGAAUGUAAAUAUGGAUAUGGGCAGUAUUAAGGAGCCGCAGUCCCGGCUGAGAAAGUGGACAACUGUGGACAGUAUUUCCGCCAACACAUCUCUGGAUCAGAAUGCCAGCAAAAAUGGUGCUAUUUCCAGUGGCUUUAGAAUGGAGGAGACGUCGUCCUUUGUUCCCUACGACUUCAUGAGCAGUAGUAACUCACCAGCCAGCCCACCUGGAUCUGUGGGGGAUGGCUGGCCACGUGCCAAAUCACCAAACGGUUCAAGCAGUGUCAACUGGCCACCAGAAUUUCGCCCUGGUGAGCCGUGGAAAGGUUAUCCAAACAUUGACCCAGAAACUGACCCUUAUGUUACUCCUGGCAGCGUCACAAACAGCCUGUCAAUUAACACUGUGCGGGAGGCUGACCACCUCAGGGACAGGAACAGCGGGUCAUCCUCAGCUCUGAACACCACGCUGCCUUCAACUAGUGCCUGGUCAUCCAUUCGUGCCUCCAACUACAAUGUUUCCCUCAACAGUACAGCACAAAGCACUUCUUCAGCCAGAAACAGUGACUCCAAAUCCACUUGGUCUCCUGCUUCCGUUAACAACACCUCUCUGGCCCAUGAGCUAUGGAAGGUCCCUCUGCCACCCAAGAGCAUCACGGCUCCAUCACGGCCGCCCCCUGGACUGACCGGGCAGAAGCUGUCUCUGCCCACGUGGGACAACUCUGCGCGAUUUGGGGGUGGCUGGAGCCAUUCGGAAGCCAGAUACACCCCUGGUUCCAGUUGGAAUGAGAAUAGCAGCUCAGGGAGAAUCACCAACUGUCUCGUCCUGAAGAACCUCACACCUCAGAUUGAUGGCUCCACCCUGCGGACCCUCUGCAUGCAGCACGGGCCCCUGAUCACAUUCCACCUGAACCUCCCCCAUGGCAACGCUUUAGUCCGGUACAGCUCAAAAGAAGAGGUGAUGAAGGCACAAAAAUCCCUCCACAUGUGCGUCCUCGGGAACACUACAAUUCUGGCUGAGUUUGCCAGCGAAGAGGAGAUUAGCCGCUUCUUUGCACAAGGCCCGUCUCUGACCCCGACCCCCACCUGGCAAUCUCUGGGCACCAGCCAGACCCGCCUGGGGAGCAUGGACAGCCCCCACGCGUUCUCCAACCGCAGUGACCUGACCCCUCCCUGGAGCGGUCCGGGGCUUUCAGGAACAAGCAGUGGGGACCUCCACGGCACCUCCCUCUGGGGCAGCCCCAACUAUUCCACCAGCCUCUGGGGCUCCCUGGGUGGCAACGACACCAGGGGCCUUGGCAGCCCCUCCCCACUCAAUGCGUUUCUCUCCGUUGACCACCUGGGGGCCGGGGGAGAGUCCAUGUAACCUUGUUUCAGUGUGAAAAACUGACC